CUUCUCUCUCUGCUGCUUCUCUGCAUUUUUUUUUUAAUCAUAAAUUCGAUAAUUUUAUCCAAUAUUCAAUCUUGAAGAAGAAGGCAAAGAGUUGAAAUAGCUAUUUUAGCAGGGUACUGAGUUAGAAUGGAUUCUAGGUUGGCUAAUAGCUGGCGGUUGACUGUGAACGAGAAGAAUUUUAUCAAAACUGCGUUGCAAUCUGAAAUCAGAAUCGAUGGUCGAAAACCAUACGAAUACCGAAAAAUCAGCAUCAAGUUUGGCAGGGAUGAUGGGUCAUCAGAGGUGCAGUUAGGCCAGACUCGUGUUAUGGGUAUUGUGACUACCCAACUGGUUCAACCCUAUCGAGAUCGGCCCAAUGAAGGGACACUUUCUAUCUUCACAGAAUUUUCACCAAUGGCUGAUCCUUCAUUCGAGCCAGGCCGUCCAGGAGAAUCUGCUGUGGAGUUGGGACGAAUAGUAGAUCGGGGUCUAAGGGAAAGCAGGGCUAUUGAUACUGAAUCACUUUGUGUUCUAGCUGGCAAGUUAGUAUGGGCCAUCCGUAUUGAUCUCCACAUCCUAGAUAAUGGGGGAAACCUUGUUGAUGCUUCAAAUAUUGCUGCUUUGUCUGCACUGUUGACAUUUCGAAGACCUGAGUGCUCACUAGGAGGAGAAGAUGGUCAACAAGUUAUAGUACAUCCACCAGAGGUGAAGGAGCCACUUCCUUUGACUGUCCAUCAUCUUCCCAUUGCAAUUACUUUUGGAUUUUUCAAUGAUGAGAGCAUUUCGGUGAUAGAUCCAACCCACAAUGAGGAGGCUGUUAUGAGUGGAAGAAUGACUGCUACAGUUAAUGCAAAUGGUGAUAUUUGUGCAAUUCAAAAAGCUGGAGGUGAAGGUGUCACCCAGAGAGUCAUCAUGCAAUGUUUGCAACUUGCUAUUGCAAAGGCUACUGGUAUAACAAAACAAAUAAAAGAAGCAGUUGAAGUGUACAACACGGAGAGAUCUUUGCGAAAGAUCAAACGCCACCCUACUUCUGUUGGUACUAUUGUGCAAGGGGGCCAAACUCAAACCAGCGGUAAGGAGGGAGUUAGUGAGUCACCAGGAAACCAUAUAGAGAGAUUAAAGCAGUUAUCAGGAGAAACCUGCACAAGUCAAUCAUCUGAAGAAAGAAAAACUACUAGUACAGAUGGCAAUGCUAAGAAUUUAAUCAGGGGGCCCACCACUUGGGAUCCUUACUCAAAAGGUGUUGGUCCAGAAUUAUUGAAGACUUCACUAGCCUCACAAGGAACGUCUAUGCCUAAUGAGAAACAAGAUUUGAGAAAUGAGAAAAAGCCUGGUGAAGCUGAAGUAGAGGGACAUCAUCCAGAAGAUGCGAACCCAGGCUCUUCAGCUAUUAAUGAAUCUUUAACUGGAUUGCAGACAAAAAAGGAGAGAACUUUAGAAGAUGCUGUGAAGCCCAAGAGCAAGAGGAAAAAGAAGGCGUCCUCCAAAACUGGUGCAAGUUAGAUAUAUGUUCCUCCAAUAAAAAAUAGUUUCAAUUGCAGCUUUUGCUAUUGGAGCUUCAUUUUGGUUGCUGUUUGUUAUUCCUCCAUGAAUUUCUGGUCUAGGUUAUGAAACAUGUGGUGUAGCUAUCAAGAUUUUAUUUUGCGUUGGACUCUGGUGUGGAUACUUGGAAGAGCACUUAGAUGAUGCAUCGCUAACGGUUUGACAGAGCAGAGAUCCUGUCAUCAUAACUUAUUUGGAUCAAGCUAUGACUAUUUCACUGCAUCUCUACUAACACACCCUGUCAUGUAAUUGCCAAAACACUAUUAUGAAUUAUAGUUAUAUAAAUUGAUCAUGGUGCACCAAUGGCACAGAGCCUUAAUUUG